AUGACAUAUGUUAAAGAUCUUGAGGAAGAAAUACAUCGUAUCCUCCAAUCUUCUUCUAAAUUACGUAACUAUAACAGUGAGUUACGGGAUAAAUACAUAAAGCAAGAGGAAAAUUUUGAUCGAGAAAGGAAGGGAUGGGAUCGGGAUAGAAAGACGUGGAGUAAAAAACUGGUCUGGAAUGCCGUAAAGGGGGAUAUUAUUCCCGAUGAAGAGAAAUUUUUAGGUAUAACUACCCGCAAAGUAAAAAAUCUUCAAACUCGAGAUCAAUUUAAUCUAUGGCGUAAUAAUAUUCUUGCAGAGUAUGAAAAAGAAAAAAACUUUAAUAUGUUCUCCUUCUAUUAUAGACUAGAAUAUGAGGAAUAUUCUAUUCCGGAUGAUUGGAUAAGUUUCAAGAAACAUCAAUUACGACAAAGAUUGAGGAAAUCAUGUUGA